GACCGUUUUUUCAUGGUAAUAGUGCCUGUGUUGAUCUUUGUAUGGUAAAUUAACUGAUUUUGAUUUUUAUAAUGUUUUUAUUUUAAAGUACUGAUUAUUUUUUCACCUCAAUUUUGAUUGUUUUGUAUAAUUUUUUUAUAUAUUUGUAUAAUAUUUCUCUAACAUCUCAAGAUUCUCUUACAAUAUUUUUAAAGUAGCCUACACUUGAGUAAAUCGCAAAAAUCGGUGAUUCCUAUGAACAAUUCCUCUGAGUGCCUGUUUAAAGUUAAAUGGACUAACUUUCGAGGCCAGAAAGUACCGUAUCUUCUACAGAAUAACGAUGGCGAGUGCCCACUAAUCUGUUUUGCGAAUGUGUUGUUGCUGAGGAGGAAGUUGGAACUGUCUAAAGAUCUUGGUGCGAUUACAUUCAAGAGUCUUUGUGUUUUCAUCUCAUCAUUGCUUCCUCACGCCAGCCCAGAAUGGGUAACAUCAGUAUUAGAGACCCUAAAGAGCGGUCUUUUAUUUAACUGCAAGUUUGAUUCUACCAGAGCAUAUAUAGAUCCAGACCCAGAACAGUUAUUUCUAUCCUUUAACAUUCCAAUUAAACAUGGAUGGAUUCCGGACCCUAUUAUUUACGGGCCACUCACUAACUUAAAUUACGACCAGCUCCUGGAAAUGCUCGCCAUUUUUCAAAGCGAGAAGGAAGUUUCCAGUUUUGAAGAGCUUGGACCUGACGAUUCUGAACAUGAAGACAAAGUGGAGAAUAAUCAUGAAAACCAACAUGACGAUGGUUCGAAGUUGGAUGAAAGUAAAUUAGAGGAACAUUUAAAAAACUUGAAACUCUCAAAUGCAGACGAGGGAGAUAAAUCAGUAUCCUUAAAUAAAAAAGUGAAUAAUGUAAAACCUGAACAAGUAGAUGGAGAUAAAUCAGAACCAGUAGAAGAAAAGAUAAAUACUAAAGAAGAGAAAAAAGAAGAUAAGGGAGAGAAUAAAUCUGAAAUAGAUGAAUAUGUAGCAAACUUAGCCAUGGAGUUUCUGGAAACAUACGCCACUCAAAUCACAGAGUAUGGAAUGAGAGUGUUAAGAGAAGAAAUUCCAGAAGGUUCACUGGUAGCAUUGUAUCGCAACAACCAUUUUCUGGUAGCAACGUGUAAUAGAGGACAGUUAUUCACACUGAUAACAGACUCAGCCUUCUACGGGCAUCGAUGCGUCUGGGAAUCCCUGGAGAGCUGCGAGUAUUUCGACGAAAACUUCAACCAUUACACGCAAACUUCAAGAGAAGAGAAACCGAAAAAAGUUAGAUUUAUUGAUAAAGUAAAAAGAGUGUUCAGACGGAAAAAUAGGAGAUAAAUUAAAAUAUUUCCGACACAAUAACACCUUAAAAUUGAUCUUAUAAUUUCGUAUAUGUACC